CCUUUAUUAAUUUUCGAAGGUCACGUUUUUUAACGUGAUGCAUUUUACAGAUAUACUGCUUUCCGAAGUUGCUGUUAGUGGGUUGGAGGGAAUCACACUAGAUCAACUUUGGAAUAAUCUCGAAGAUAGUAGAACUGGAUUUCCAUGGAAAAUUGACAAGUAUUCAAAGCAGUUUAUUUGGUCCACACUAAUAAAAAUGGAUAACAUAAAAUACUUCGCACUGCCUUGCUGUCUUACUCCACAAGAGACGUUUAGUCGUAUAGAUUGUCUGGUAGAGACGAAGGAUGGCACGUAUUACAAACUACCUGAAUCUCUUCCACGUGUUGAGUUUUUCCCAGUGGGGAAAGAUAACCAGCUGGGAUCUUCUCGGUUCUACGAUGAACGAAAAGAUAUCACUGACGUUAUUUCCAAUGAUGCAGUUUUCAGAAUAUUAGAAAAUGUCGUGGAAAAGUGGGGUAACACUCUAGUUCUAGUAGCCUCACAGAAAGAAAGAAACAGAUUACUUUUUGGAAGUCCAAAUAUCCCCCGUGAUUUUUCUGCAGGUUUGUAUGUAAUGCUAGAAUCUAUUGCUAAGUUGGAAUCAAACCAUUUCCAUCAAAGUAUAAACACGAAACCGGAAAUCUGGUGUUGUAAACUAAUAAGGUAAUCAUUCCCGUCAACCAGACUCGGGUUUUAGUCUAACUAUUAGGCGGUGGCGAAUGAAGUAUUGAUGGAUAUUACGUAUUGAGUACAGCUUUACUAAAUCAUAUUGGAACAUCGAAAACAAUCAUGCCCACUAAGAACCAGAAUAAGCGAGUUGGUAAUUUCAAGCUGAUCUCGAGAUUUACAAGUCGAACGUCGCUAGUAGUUUUCAGGCCAUAGUAUUUUGUUAUAUUUAUUUGCUUUCACAACAUGCCACAUGUCUUCAAUUACUGAUACAAAUGCAUACAUGUAAGACAUCCUGUUUUAAAAGCAUUUGUGCUUGACUGGCCUAGAGCUUUUUACGUCAUCUUUCAAAAAGAAAGAAGGAUGAGCUCGAACAGUUUGACGGAGUCAUUUGAUGUGUUUAUAAUUUGUUCGCCCACUUAAAAAUUCAAGUGAUUAUCUGAACAGACAUAUUAGUUUCAAGCAUUUAAUGUACUUACCCUUUGUUGUAUGCGCUAACCACUGUGUCACUAUUAAAUGUCAAAGCAAUUUUUUAAAUAAACGUGAGUACUUAUCUUGUUUUUCUUUAUCUGGAUGUUAGGAUGAUCUUAAGUUUGAAAAGUAUGUAAAUAACUUAAUUUCGUUGGGAAUUCUUACUUUACGAUUUACUAUUUCAGACAAAAGUACAACGGAUUAUCCACAACUCAUCAUGAUGGUCUAUUGUCUUCUAGUCUGACCACUGGUACUAUAUGGUACAUGCGCCAAAAGCUGGAGAAAAUGGGUAUAAUCAAGUCUCAGCCUUAUUUGGCGAAAGUAGGCAAAAAGCCUGUGAUGCCCGGUUUACUACUGCACCAUCGUAAAUAUUAUUUGCAUUUUCCGUUCCCACCUGCAAUUUUCAUGGAAAGGAUAUCUCAGUUUUUGCUAAGUAAACCUGGGAACAAAUGUUUUGGAUUCGAGAUUCGCAAGUUAAUCGGACUUACUUCCAAAGGCAUAAAACGGACGUUGAGAUUUGGUGUGAAACAUGGUUGGCUAGAUGUUAUCAACACAAGUUUCAGAGAUGCCUGCUCUGUACUUCUUGGUAAGAGCGAGGAUGAUGUAGAUGAUGAUGAUAUGCUUAGUAUACUUCAUAAUACAAAUUGUCCAGUUGACCCACAUCAUCGGUAUCCUUGCAUGGUAAAUUUGGUAUCACUUAAAACACAAUUUCGCAUGGACUCAUGGAUAUCUGAAUGCGGUCAAGGUGAGAAUGCUUUUGGAUUCAAGAAAUGUAAAAAAGAAGAAUAUGAUGUUGACUCUGAUGAUGCGUUAGAUGAGGACCUUGAGGCUGUUGAUUUUCAAACAGAAUUAUCCUCAACAAAGCGUGAAAUUCCUGAUUAUAAUAUUACCGAGUUAAAAUUGGAAGAGCACCAGUCUGCUUCCACUGUAUGUGAUACUCAGACAUCUAUAAACACCUCUUCUUGUCUUCCACCACCCAACAAAUCUCAGUGUCUUGUCUACGCUAAAAGAUUACUUGCAUUUAUUCCUUCACUCAAUAUUGAUGAAUCUAUAACAGUCCAAAUAGUUCGUAUCCUCGCUUUGCGUGAACAUACAAUGGGUGAACUGUUAGCAAUAACAAAAACAAGUUUAUGCAAUAUUCGUCGCACUCUGAAAAGUUUGGUUACCAUCGGCGCGUUAAAAACAGUGAAACGGUCUAUGGAUUCCACUUUUGUUCUUUACUAUAGCCUAUUCACUGAUAAUGACAGAAUAGAAGCUCGGAAAAAUAAAUUAUCCAAGUCUUCAAGUUUACAAAUAUUACCGACAGUUCAAACACAAAGACAAAACCGUCGAGAAUUCGUCCUCAAUUAUUUGUCAAAAUAUCGUAUAAUUGCUUCUGAAUACUCACUGCGUCAGUUGAUAUGGGAUCAUGAACGUUCGAUUGGCUUAAAAAUUCGUAUGGACCGCAAAUCGUUACGUAGAAUUUUGGAUGAACUAAUUCAAUCAAAACUGGCUACCAUAAUCAAAACGAAAUCACUGAAAGGAGACGUUACUUUUAUUUGUCAACCGGAUGUCAAAGAAGAUGAUCCAUUAAUAUUAACAGCGAUUAAAAAUAUGGACUUAGCAGCUCUUCGUAAUUUGCCUGUACAAAAUGAGAAAUCUUCAUCUGUCAUAUUCAAUGCUGAUCAAGUUUCAAUGAUUGAAGGUGUUGAUCAUUUGUCAUCUGAGGCUAUGACUAUUGUGUUGCAUAAAAUGCCAGGAUUACCAAAGAUGCGUCGACGUUCAUUGAUUCAUGAGUAUUUAUUUUACAUAAUAUAUGGUCUGUCUACUAAAUCACGCCCUGUCAAACCUCAGGUAAAUUGUUGUAUUUGAGAAUCUGUAAAUGUUUCGUACUUCUACAUAUGCAAACUACUUCACGUAAUACUACUUAUUGGUUUAUUCUUGACCAUUUAAUAACUUUUCUGUUGUUUAAUGAAUACUUGCGAAUUUAAUUUAGCAUGUUAAGCCAUGUGAUGGGGAGACCCAGAAAAUUCCUCGAAUAAAGCCUAAAGGGGCCCUAAAGACACUGGGAAACAUUUUAUGUAAUCGGUAUUGAACAGAAGUCUCUCAGAAACAUCAGAAAACCAAAAGUGAACCUCCAGUCUAUUUGGAUGACGAUACGUGGCGUCGAUAUGUAGCGCCUUUAGAUCCAAUGAAAGAUAUGAAUAGGGGUUGGUUUCUAAUGGGUGACGUUUUACGUGGUAUACCGUUUGGUUUAUAUUUAAGACUUACAAUUACUACUUCAUUACCACGUAUAUUAUGUCGAUGGCUUAAACUUGAUCAUUUAUUAACUAAUUUAACCCAAGAAGAAAUUGAACAUUUGGAUUCAGAAUUGGCACGUUUUCAUCAUACUAACAUGUUAUAUCAAAAAGAUAUUCCACCUAAAGAAUUGUUACGAUAUCCUUUAAGAUAUGUUGAAUUACCAGGUGGAUCAAGAGGCCCUCUUAAUGAUUGGUUAUUAUCUGCUAAGAAACUAAGAUCAUUAUGCUCAAUAAUUGAAGAUAUCUCUGGUGUUACUGGUUUAAUCUCUAUGCAAAAGAAAACUACUUCACAAGCUAAAACAAGUAUGCUUGGUUUUCUUCAUCGUCAAGCAAGUUUGCUAGACACACGUUUUGCUAUGCCAGCCUAUCAAAUUUUUACUAAUUUGUCACAGACAAAUGUAAUACACUUUGAUUUUCAAUCCUCCAUAGAUGUUGCUAGUUAUUGGUUAACAAGUGAAACGAUUUCACGCAGUUCUCCCCUUGGUAAAUGUUUAUUAAUAAUAAUUAAGUAAACAAUUUACUUAUGUGUUUGUAUCAUGUUUGUAUUUUUUUAAACCUCUUUAUAAUGCUUAUACAUCUAACUACAGGUGACUUUACUUUUAGCUUUCUUUUCUCAUUGGUUAACUCUAUGGAGAACCUCAAUUAAAGGUUAAGUAGUUUUUUUGAUUUCUUUAUAUACUACUCGUGUUCACAAUCUAAUCGUGCAUUGUUGUUUUAUAGUUUUAAGGAUACACAGGUGUAACGUGAAACAUUUUGAUUUUUUGUCUAGAGUGUGAAGGUCUUUUGCAUGUGUAGUGUAUGUACUUUGUACUUAAUGGCCUUCUACCCGAGUACGUUGUGUGUUAGUUGAAACAAGAGGGGAUUCGCAUAAGACUCACUAAUUCAUGUUAUCAGCUAACUGCUAUACCAAACUGUAGGUCGUAAUUUUUUAAUCUCUUUUAAAACAGAGAUCCUCAACUCGUUUAACGUAAUUUCCCUCAAUCCUACUGCAUCCUUAAAUAUUGUUUGCUUUGUUAAUUUUUAUUUAGAUAUAAUUUUUUAUUUUAUGUUGGGCUAUUUUUCUGUGUGGUUUGUUUGGGAAAUUAUCUUUUGUUACGUUACCAAUGGUUUAUGGCAUGUUACAUCUCAUUGUUCGAUCUGUAUUUCACUGAAACAUUUCUGCAGUCCUGCAAUUAUCGGGGAUUGUUAAUCUAUUUAAUAUAAUGUCAGUAUACACGUCUGUUCACUCUAAAAUUUAAUGAUUAUUUAUUAUUUACUAAUAACUACUGGACACUGGAAUUCACAGAGUUGAAUAAAGCGUAGUCGAUGACAAACGGAUUAAUAAGCAGUUUCUAAUCUUCAAUUUUUCAUGUACAUGUUAAAUCAGUAUUACACUGUUAGCUACUUCAUUAUAUAAACCUAUUGUACAUUAGUUUUUGUUCAAUAUAUAUUUUCAGUAUAUAUAUUUUGUCUGUUCCAGGCCAUAAUUCAGUUAAGGAUGAAAUAGAUUCGGAACAUGUACCACCAAUAGUACCAAAAGUUUCUUUCGAACCUAUAGAUGAUGGUUCUUUGAUUAUUCCACAAUGGCCGGAAGAUAUUAUGUCUAAGUUUAGGACUGUUUUAGCUGAUGGUACAGAAGUAUUUCCUUGUGGUGUCUGUGGAUAUCAUCCAGCUGACUGUACUUAUAAUGUACGGAAUUGGGGUGCUACACGUCACAAUAAAUCGAAACGCAAAGGAGAUGUAGACGGAAUUUUAAAUCUUUUGGAUGAAUUAACUGGCUUAGACGAUGCUUAUGGUUUCGUUACUCCAAGUGAUGAACUUUUCUGGCGUUGGUUUCCUAGUUUAUUUGCUGAUCUCAAUGUACCUUAUGUUUUACAACCAGUGAAUACACCACAACCAAUACGUAAACAGUCUAAUAACACCCGUUAUUCACGGAAUAUUCGUUUUCGUUUCUGUGAGAAAGAUAUGAAUAAGAAGAAUGAUCUGCAAGAAGACAAUCGUUUAACUCGUGAUAAUAAACAAAGGAUAGAAGUUCGCGAUACUGAUAGCAUCUUAAAAGAUAUAUGUCAGCAAAAUGCUCUAGAUGCAUCAGGAGAUAUUGGGAGUAUAAGUCAACACUUAUCAUCAUCUGAAAAUAAAGAAAAUGUAAUCAAUGGAUACUCUUCACAAGUAUCGUCUAAUUUCGCUCUUCGUAAAACAGUUGUGGUACGUCGAAUACGUGGAAUUUUGAAACAACGUAAAAAAAAACCGAGUUAUGCUCAAUCAGGUCCUUACGAUUUGUAUCUUCGUGCUCCUCGUUGUACCUGGUCUAAAUUGGAAGAUCGUUUGUUAGUGACCUGUAGAGUGGCAUCUUUGUUGAUCGCUGGAGAAAAUCGUAGAGAAUAUGUUAGUGCACCUUAUACAUUUGUUCGUGAUGUACUGUAUCGUUAUGUCCCUCAGUUGCACUGCUUAAAAACUCCUGUAACUUGUGCCAGGCGACUUAAAAAUCUUUUGUUAAGCAAAGGACCUGAAUGGGUAUCAGGCAAAUUACUUUUCACACGUGUUUCUAGUCGACCGGACUGGCAGUUAAAGUAUAAUCUUGGAAGAGAGAAAUGGCGUAUUAUGUGUAAAGAAGAAAUAGAAAAGGCAAGAAUUAUCUUUUUAGAAUUAGUGCAUAAUAUUUUGAGCACGUUUAUGCCACAAAUUCUAGUGAAAUUGACUAGUUUAAAUGUAAAACGUGGAAUUCGUUCACCUGACAAUUUUGAAAAUCUGACUAAUCAAGGAGUAGAUAAAUCCCUAUCAAUUGGAUCUAGUCGAUCGGAAUUGGAGUCUUGCUAUGAAUUGAUACAUUUAUAUGAUUCAAGUGAUCAAAAUGUGUUACCUGAAGUUGGAGAUGAUCGUCUUUUGAUUGUACUGUAUACAAUGUAUAACUAUAUUCUUGCCUCUUUUCGAUUCUCAUCUAAUCCAUCGAACUCAUCAGAUUUCAAUGAAUCUGUAUUUUUUUGGGUUAUUAAAUAUUAUCCAAAACCACAAGUUAAUCAUGCUUUAGCAUUACUGAUGAAAAAUCAUAUUGUAAAACGUCCUAAAUCAUAUGAAAAAAAAUCUGAUCCAGGUUUUCGUAUUGUCAAUUCUGUUUGUAUUGCUCUUAGUCAUAGAUUUUCACGUUGGACACAUGGUGAAUUUUUUACACAAGUUAAAUAUAUUCCGGAAUCUUAUUCAAUUUGGACUAGUUCUGUUAACCAUUUGAAUUUAUACGAAAGUGGUAAUGACCGUAAUGCAGUUCACAACAAAACAAGGAGAAAAACUCGUUCAAGUGUACAAACAGAAGAAGAAGAGGGAGAGGAAAGCAUCACUAACAGUAAACCACCAGAACUAGAAAAAAUAAUUCAUAGACAUUUAUUUUCUGAAAUUUCAACCGGUGGUUGUGUAGCUUUCUUUUUGGAACAAUUCUUAUUUUAUCCAUUUGUUGAUGUUCAAGUAUCCAUCAAAGUGGAAGAUAUAAUUUUAGUUGGUAGUGGUCAAACAUAUUUAGAUGAUACUGUUGACUUACUACCAUUACAAACAUCAAUAACACAAAACUCCUCAGUUCAAAUCAAAUCAACUGAAUUACGCAAAGAUUUAUUAUAUCGCAUGGGUGUAUCUAAUGAAAUUCUAAACGAUCCAUUGUUUGUUGGUGAUUAUAAUUCUAUGCGACAUUCACGUUGGUUCGAUCACCAUUUAUCAUUUAACGGUGGUUAUAUUCAAGCAGUUUUAACAAAUAAUAAUAAUAUGAAAAAUGACAAUUGGAAUUUGCCGAAAUUGUCAAAAUCUCUUGCAAACUCAUUAAAGCCAUUAGUUAAAAAGACUAGUAAAUCACUAGUUUUUCAAAUGCCUGAUUUUGGUGUGAAUUCCUUAAACGGUGGUAAUCUAAUUGGUGAUGAAAAUGAAAUCAAUGUGGAUAUGGAUGUCAAAUUAGAAGAUAGUAUAUCAUAUCGCCUUGAAGAAUAUAUUCAAACAGGUCGAUUUAGUGGUCGCUCUGUUAUGGAAAUUAAACAAAAUAUUGGUGAUCGAAGCAAUGUUUCAAGUGCAUUACAAAAUCUAUUGGAUUCUCGUGUGGUAUUCAAUGUUGGCAGUAUUUAUUCUCGAUUUGUUCAUCAUAAAUUUAUACGUCUUUGGCUUGUUCAUUUAAAACCGAAUAUGAAUCUUCGUUCUAAUGUUGUUAUCCGAAAUUCUGCACAAUUAACUAAGGAUAAUAAACUGGAAUCUACUCAUCCACCAAAGCGACCUAAGUUAGAUUCAGCAGUGUCCGAUAACAGUGAGAACCAAACUGAUCCCAAUACCUCAGUUAAGGACCCUUCCAAUAUGGACAAUGUCCCUACAGGUUAUUUCUUCCCACAACCUUGGUUCUCUGAAAUUGGAUCACCUAAACCAAGAUUGUUCUGUGAUGUCUUACGAAGUUUAUGUGCUCAACUUUCUAACUGUGGUGGAACCACACUGGCAUUAUUCGCUCAACAGCAUCAAACUUUGUUUGGUCAGCAGGCAAUUCGUCAAUUAUUAUACCAUCUACGAGAUAUGGGAGCCAUUCGUAUGGUUCGUGUAUUCACGAAAUCAAAACCAUGUUUGUUUUCUGAUAGAGUAACAUACACUAUUUCAGAUGACAUACUUUUGGCAUCACCUGAAGAAUUAACGCUAAUACCUGAACCAAAUUAUGUAACAAUUAUUGGAACAUUCACAGAUAUGUAUUUACAACAGAAUAAUAUUACCAGUGUUAGAAGCAGUAACAGUGACAACAACACUGGUUGAAACAGCCAGUUGACAUAAAUGAAAAGUUAUCCCACCUGAACUUGUAAAUAAACAAAUAAAUAUCAAUAUCUGUGCUUGAUUCACAGAAAUAAAAUUGCAUUUAUUGAUAAUACUGCUGAUAAUGGUAGUAUGUAGAAUCUACCAGUUGGCUUUUUCUUGAAGCAUAAAUUAAAUAUCUGUAUACAUCGGUGAUAACAAUACUUCAUAUCGCUUUUAUACACAGGAAUGUGAUGAUUAAUAACUUUGUUUAAGUACAGUAGCCCAAAAAAGGAUUGUAUGUAUAUAUAUGUACAAAUAUCUUUUGUUUGUCACUAAAUAUUUAUUUUAAUUAGCAUCUAAUUUAUUAUUUCUUGUCGCAUGUAUAUAUCUUCAUACUUGAUCUUUUUGCUAUGAUAACAUUACUUAAGUAAAAUGAAACUGUUCCUUUUAUUUCCUUUUCAUUAUUAUUAUUUUUGUUCACUUGUGUAGUUGUUUUCUCUUUGAGUGUAAAUUCAGUUUUGUUCCUUCAAUUCUUUUUGUGUUAGCUUUUUUUAAUAGUUUUUAUGAUUUGCACAACGAUCGUCGGGAAGUGGGUUUUCAGUCCUUUUCAUUAU